UAGAUAGUUCAGCUAUCUCUUGUUGUUGUAUAGUCAUACCUCUAUUAGAAAUUUGAAGUGGAAAAAUUCGCCCACGUGUUUGUGUCGCGAUACGAAAGUUGUUAACUUUAGUGUGGAUUGUGAAACAGGUUAGCGCGUUUUGCCUUAUGUUCGAUACCUGCGAUUCAUCUACGAUUUCAGCAUUUUGUGAGAUCUUUUACGACCUCAACUAAGGACAUCUACCAUUCAUGGCACCAGCGGAAUCCUCGAAAUCCGUCAACUCUUUCAAGGUCGAGCCUCGUCUGGCCUCAAGCUACGAACUCCCGUGGGUUGAGAAAUAUCGUCCUGUGGUCCUUGAUGACAUCGUUGGCAAUACUGAGACUAUUGAGCGCUUGAAGAUAAUAGCAAAAGAUGGCAACAUGCCACAUGUUAUAAUCAGUGGAAUGCCUGGAAUAGGCAAGACGACGAGCAUUCUAUGUCUGGCGCGACAGUUGUUAGGUGAUGCCUACAAAGAGGCUGUUCUUGAACUCAAUGCAAGUGAUGAGCGAGGUAUUGAUGUCGUUCGUAAUCGCAUUAAAGCUUUUGCUCAGAAAAAAGUAACCCUUCCACCGGGGCGCCAAAAACUCAUAAUUUUGGACGAGGCAGAUAGUAUGACCUCUGGUGCGCAACAAGCCCUUCGUCGCACCAUGGAAAUAUACUCCUCUACCACUCGCUUUGCAUUUGCAUGUAACCAGUCCAAUAAGAUUAUUGAGCCUCUACAGUCACGAUGCGCUAUCUUACGAUAUGCCCGAUUGACUGAUGCUCAAGUCCUUUCCCGCUUGAAAGAUAUAUGUGAAUCUGAGAAGGUGGAAUAUAGCGAUGAUGGGCUGGCCGCUUUGAUAUUUAGCGCUGAGGGUGACAUGAGACAAGCCAUUAACAAUUUGCAAAGCACCGCCAGUGGCUUCAGCUUUGUUAGUAGCGAAAAUGUCUUUCGAGUCGUGGACAGCCCUCAUCCUCUCAAAGUGCAGAUCAUGCUGAAAAAUUGCAGCGAGGGCAAGAUUGAUGCUGCAACGGACGUUUUGCAUGAACUUUGGGACCUAGGCUAUUCGACUCAUGAUAUCGUUUCAACCAUGUUUCGCGUGACGAAGAUGAUACCUGAUUUUUCCGAACACACGAAGCUGGAAUUUAUCCGUGAAAUUGGCUUUACGCACAUGCGAAUACUGGAGGGGGUGCAGACAUACCUACAGCUUGCCGGUUGCUUAGCCCGAUUGUGCAAGAUAAAUAUGAAGUCUCAUCUCUUUUUAAUGCCCGCAUGAUUUAAAUAGAACCGAUUUAUAUUAUAUGAACUAGAUUUUUAAACGAGAAUUCAACAGAACAGCAAGAAUUCUUC